GAGAAGGGCCGGAAGUUCCCUGGUAUAAUGGGUGGUACCCGGAAGGAGAAGAAGGCGGAGGAGAAGCGGGGCUGUUCUGGCCCCAGAUGUUAUUGGUGUGCUGGCGCGUGGAGGAGUUGUUCCGCGUAGUCGCGGAGCGCUUCGAAGGCGAUGCAGAGAGGGAAAGUAUCUGAGCUCAGAAAGAGGCGAUUUAUUAUUAUUAUUAUUUUGUUAUCUUUGUAGGUUUGUAAAGUAGGGUAGCCUUUCCCUCCUUUUCUGUUCUCAGAAAGGUUUGAACCAGUCGGUUUUCUUCCAUUGGGGUUGUUUCCAUCCACCUGGUGAUGCGGUCAAGGCUUCACCGGGUGGAUUUCCACCCGUGAUGCUGAUUUUCGGGGUCCAGAAGCAAAAGGAAGGGGGAAAAAAAGAAGUUAAUAUAUAGCUUUAGUUUUGAUUGUGCAUCACUAAAAAAAUGUUCAGGAAAGGAAAAAAGCGGCAUAGCAGCAGCAGCUCACAAAGCAGUGAAAUCAGUACUAAAAGCAAAUCAGUGGACUCUAGCCUUGGAGGCCUUUCAAGAUCUAGUACUGUUGCUAGCUUGGAUACGGACUCUACAAAGAGUUCAGGCCAAAGUAACAGCAAUUCAGAUACUUGUGCUGAAUUUCGAGUGAAAUAUGUUGGUGCUAUUGAAAAACUGAAUCUUGAAGAAAGCAAGACUUUAGAAGGACCCCUGGAUUUGAUUAAUUAUAUAGAUGUGGCACAGCAAGAUGGAAAGCUGCCCUUUGUUCCUGGGGAAGAAGAAUUUAUCAUGGGAGUGUCCAAAUACGGGAUUAAAGUUACAUCAUUGGACCAGUAUGAUGUUUUGCAUAGACAUGCACUCUACCUAAUUGUCCGGAUGGUCUGCUAUGAUGAUGGCUUAGGAGCAGGGAAGAGUUUACUGGCUUUGAAGACAACCGAUUCAAACGCCGAAGAAUAUCAUCUUUGGAUUUACCAGUGCAAUAGCUUGGAACAAGCACAAGCUAUUUGUAAAGUGCUGUCCACAGCCUUUGACUCAGUUUUAACAUCUGAUAAGUCCUGAAUACUGUAUCGAUACAUCAUCCAUGAAAAAGAAGUUCUUCUUCCUAUGACUUCAACACCUGGAGAAAAAAAAGUUCAUAUCUGCUCCAGAAUACUUUUUAAAUUAUUUUGGUAUAAUGUUUAAACUAUAUGUAAUUUUGUCAUUACCGUUAUUAAACAAUGGGACCAAAAAUCCA